AUGGGGACAGCACGAGGGAAGGCGGGAGCGGCCCUGCAUCCUGAUCCUGCAUCCCAAUCCUGCACCCUGCAUCCCAAUCCUGCAUCCUGCAUCCCACGCGUCCUGGAGCUGGACGUGAAGCUGGGGCAGGUGAGCAUCCGGAACCCCCGCGCCGCCCCCGGGGAGCUGCCCAAGACCUUCACCUUCGACGCCGUCUACGACGCCAGCUCCAAGCAGGCGGACCUCUACGAUGAGACGGUCCGGCCGCUGAUAGACUGCGUGCUGCAGGGCUUCAACGGCACCAUCUUCGCCUACGGCCAGACCGGGACCGGCAAGACCUACACCAUGCAGGGGGCCUGGGCGGAGCCGGAGAAGCGGGGCAUCAUCCCCCUCUCCUUCGAGCACAUCUUCACCCACAUCUCCCGCUCGCAGAACCAGCAGUACCUGGUGAGGGCCUCGUACCUGGAGAUCUACCAGGAGGAGAUCAGGGACCUCCUCGCCAAGGACCAGAGCAAGAAGCUGGAGCUGAAGGAGAACCCCGAGACGGGGGUCUACAUCAAGGACCUCUCCUCCUUCGUCACCAAGAACGUCAAGGAGAUCGAGCACGUCAUGAACCUGGGGAGCCAGACGCGGUCCGUGGGCAGCACCAACAUGAACGAGCACAGCUCCCGCUCCCACGCCAUCUUCCUCAUCACCAUCGAGUGCAGCGAGAUGGGGCCGGACGGCGAGGAGCACAUCCGCGUGGGCAAGCUCAACCUGGUGGACCUGGCUGGCAGCGAGCGCCAGAGCAAAAUGGGGGCCCACGGAGAGCGCCCUAAGGAAGCGUCCAAGAUCAACCUCUCCCUCUCCGCCCUGGGCAACGUCAUCUCCGCCCUCGUGGACGGCAAGAGCACACACAUCCCCUACCGGGACUCCAAGCUGACCCGCCUGCUGCAGGACUCCCUCGGGGGCAACGCCAAGACAAUCAUGGUGGCCACCUUGGGCCCGGCCUCUCACAGCUACGACGAGAGCCUCUCCACCCUCAGGUUCGCCAACAGGGCCAAGAACAUCAAGAACAAGCCCCGGGUGAACGAGGACCCCAAGGACACCUUGCUGCGGGAGUUUCAGGAGGAGAUCGUCCGGCUGAAGGCCCAGCUGGAGAAACGUGGCAUGCUGGGCAAGAAGAGGAGAAGGAGCAGCCGGAGGAAGAAAGCGGCGGAUGGAGAAAGCGCCACGGAGAACGAAGGGGAGGAUGACAAUGAGGACGGCCUGGAGAAGAACAUGGAGAAUUACUUGAAGGAGCAGAAGGAGAGGCUGGAAGAGGAGAAGGCCGCUAUCCAGGAUGACCACAGCCUGGUGAGCGAGGAGAAGCAGAAGCUGCUGCAGGAGAAGGAGAAGAUGAUAGAGGAUCUGCGGAAGGAACAGGAGGCCACGGAGCUGCUGGCCACCAAAUACAAGCUCUACGCCAAGCUGCAGGCCGUGAAGGCGGAGAUCCAGGCCCAGCACGACGAGUACAUCCGCGUGCGCCAGGACCUGGAGGAGGCGCAGAACGAGCAGACGCGGGAGCUGAAGCUCAAGUACUUGAUCAUCGAGAACUUCACCCCGCCAGAAGAGAAGAACAAGAUCAUGAACCGCCUGUACUUCGACGGUGAGGAGGACCAGUGGAAGUUCCAGCCGCUGGGGCCCCCCCGCGGAAACAGCAACCAAAUGAAGAAGCGGCCUACCUCUGCAGUGGGGUACAAGAGACCCAUCAGCCAAUACGCCCGCGUGGCCAUGGCCAUGGGAUCUCAUCCUCGGUACCGGGUGAGUGAGAGGGCGUGCCAGACGCCGCGGUCGCUGCCAUCCUCAACCACGCAUGUCUCCCUCACCUCCA